GUCCCGGCGCCGCGCUCCCCGAGCAGGCAGAGAUGGACACCUUCAGCACCAAGAACCUGGCCCUGCAGGCCCAGAAGAAGCUCCUGAGCAAGAUGGCCACCAAAACCAUCGCCAACGUCUUCAUCGACGACACCAGCAGCGAGAUCCUGGACGAGCUGUACCGGGCCACCAAGGAGUACACCCACAACCGCAAGGAGGCCCAGAAGAUCAUCAAGAACCUCAUCAAGAUCGUGAUGAAGCUGGGCGUGCUGUACCGCAACGGGCAGUUCAGCCCCGAGGAGCUGCUGGUGAUGGAGCGGUUCCGCAAGAAGGUGCACACCUUGGCCAUGACGGCCGUCAGCUUCCACCAGAUAGACUUCACCUUCGACCGCAGGGUCAUGUCGGGGGUGCUCCUGGAGUGCCGGGACCUGCUGCACCAGGCCGUGAACGGGCACCUGACGGCCAAGUCCCACUCCCGCAUCAACCACGUCUUCAACCACUUUGCGGACUACGAGUUCCUGUCGGCGCUCUACGGGCCCUCCGAGCCCUACCGCACCCACCUGCAGAGGAUCUGCGAGGGGGUCAACAAGAUGCUGGAGGAGGACAACAUCUGAAGGCUCUUGGCAGCCGGGCUCUGCCUCCUGGGAGGGUGGAGUGGGGCUGUUUGCCUGCUCUGAGCACCGCCAGGCUCGACGGCCCCUCCUCCUCCUCUGCAGUGCUCGCUCGUUUUCCCCUCGUUUCUACAGGAGACUGAACAUCUGGACUUUUGCCCACCCCUUGCCCAGGGGCUUCGAAGCCCUCCCUGCGCUGGGCCGAGUCCUCUCUGGGGGAUCCUGGGAUUUUGGGCUCCUGCUCUGUACAGUUUGAUUUCCUUUGCCCACCAAGUGUCCUUAGCUCUGAGUCCGAGGACUCUGAGCCUUGAACUCUGUCGUAACGCUCUGGGGGGAAAACCAAAGCAAAGCCUGGGGGUGCGUAACACCUCUGAAAGGGGUGUCUGAGCUGGUGGGAUGUUGCUGGUUGUGAGACCCCCUUCCUGGAGGGUUGUGGGGCUCCGUGGUUUUCCUUCAGCAGCUCCAUAACACCGUGGGAGCAAAUCAUGGUCCAGAGUGUUGCUGCCCAGGAUGGGAAGGUGUGGGCUUUGCUCUCCUCAAAGACAAGUCCCUGAGAGGAGGAGGAUCCCACCUCACCUGGACAAGGGAGCUGCUCCUUCCCUGCAUCCCAGGUACCAUCCGAGCCCCAGCUCCCCACCAGCCUCCCAUGACUGUCACGGCUCCGACGCCGCCCUCGGUGGUUCUCCAAAGUUCUCCGUGGGAUUUCAUCCAUUUUCCACUUUGUCUGAGUGAUGGUUGUUCUUUUUUUAGCAAACUCUGUAGCCCUGAUGAGUUAUUUAAAUAAACUCACCUGUUUGGCCUGGGAGCUCCGUGGGGUUGUUCCAGCAGUGGGUGACAGCGAUGAAAUGAGCCCUGGGGACAGCUGGGUUUGUCCUUUGGAUGGUGGUGGCUCUCUGUGACCUGGGGUUUGUACUCCCUGGCUCCCUGGCUGGGCUGUCCCUGCUCCGUGGCA